AUGCGCCCGGUGCAACUCACGACUUCCGACGGGCACCGUGACUCCAUCCCAAAAACAAGGGAGAUACGCCGCGAUACAGACCCCAUCGUGGAGAAAAAUGGGGAACGAGAAACAGACUAUCGGUCCACUAUUACCCCAGAUUGGAAUGGAGAUCUCGUCGCACCCCUUUUCGCGCGAUCUUGGCCGGAACAGCAGAAAGUUUCAGAAGACCAUCUCGUUCUGCGCGGAGCCCUCGGCGCCAAGCGCGAUCACUCGUCGAUAGGGGCAGGACCAGGAGCGAUUCGUACAGCACGGCGGCCUGGGGCAAUUGCAAACUGCGCCAAGGUCGAUCAUGGUCGAUCAUGGACCCCAGCAGGUGCACAGGAAGGAGUCUUGGCGGGCGUGCGAUCUAUUGAGGCUGCCAAGCCGUCGUACCGGGCGACGCUGCACGCUACCACUGCACGCUGGAAGUUAGGGCAGUACGACCUCCUGUCGAAUUGUUGUCUUAACUGGUGA